UUUUGUCAUGAGAUUGCAUGUGUUUUGGAAGUUACCUUUUUCGUGAAAAAUACCGACCGAAUAUUGUUCGUUUCAGUGAUCCACGAUGUCUGGCCUUGACUGGGAUAAGGAGAUAGAGGAACAGGAGAAGAGAGAGUUGGCAUCCAAGGUUCAGAAUAUUCAACUCAACCAAUCAGACAAGCCGAAACAGCAGGCUGGAGCAUCGGGUGAUACAAAACCAGCACAACCUCCACCACAACCCUCGGCACAACCCUCGUCACAACCCUCGGCGCAACCCCCAGCAGAUACCCCGACAGACAAUGCUACAGCAACAGAAGAUAACAACAGCAAAGGAGAUGAUGCUAAUGAUGCCGAAUCAGCCGCUGAUGCCUCAUUGCUCAACAAGGCCCUUCACAACAAACUACAGGAGAGCUCACAGACACAGCUUGACGUCCAACAGAACGAUCCAAACUCUCCGCUUUACUCUGUCAAAUCCUUCGAGCAGUUGCGCUUAAAACCAAAUUUAUUGAAAGGUGUAUAUGGGAUGGGUUUCAAUGCUCCGUCUAAGAUCCAAGAAACAGCGCUUCCUCUACUCCUUGCAGAUCCUCCAAAGAACAUGAUCGCCCAAUCACAGAGCGGUACCGGCAAGACGGCAGCGUUUGUUUUGACGAUGCUAAGCAGAGUGGACACCAACAAGAACUAUCCUCAGGCAAUGUGUCUGGCGCCAACCUUUGAGCUAGCGAGGCAAAUUGGUGACGUCGUGGAGGAAAUGAGCAAAUACAUCACAGACCUGAAGAUUGCCUACGCCAUCAGAGGAAACAGACACUCCAGGGGCACAAAGCUCACAGACCACAUAGUCAUCGGCACGCCGGGGACAAUGCUAGAUUGGAGCUUGAAAUUUAAAUUCUUUGACCUGAGCAAGGUCGGCGUGUUUGUGCUGGACGAGGCUGACGUGAUGAUCGCUACCCAAGGACAUCAAGAUCAAUCCAUUAGAAUCCAAAGGAAGCUUCCUCCGUCGUGCCAGAUGAUGUUGUUCUCAGCAACCUACGAAGACACCGUCAUGGGCUUUGCUCACAAGAUCGUCAGCGACCCCGUUAUUAUCCGCCUUCGUAGGGAAGAAGAAAGUCUCUCCAACAUCAAGCAGUUCUACGUGCUUUGUAGUAAUGAGAAUCAAAAGUACGAGGCCCUGGCAAACAUCUACGGGGCCAUCAGCAUCGGACAAGCCAUCAUAUUCUGCCAUACGAAACGAACGGCUAGCUGGCUGGCUGGGAAGAUGGUACAGGAUGGCCACGCCGUGGGGCUGCUGAGUGGAGAACUGGAGAUCACCAUGAGACUCUCCGUCCUUCAACGCUUCAAGGAAGGCAAGGAAAGAAUCCUGAUCACGACAAACGUCAUGUCACGAGGAAUCGACAUCGAGCAAGUCACCAUCGUGGUGAACUUUGACCUCCCCGUUGACGUCAACGGUCAGGCUGACUGCGAGACGUACUUGCAUCGUAUUGGCCGGACCGGACGGUUCGGCAAGAACGGCUUGGCCAUCAACUUUGUCGACCGUCCCAAAUCCAUGGAAGUCCUUCAGCAGAUCGAGAGACAUUUUGGCCGGAAGAUCCUCCUGUUGAGCACGGACGACACGGAAGAAUUGGAGAAGAUCGUUUGAUACAAGAAAGUGUGAACAUGGUCAAAGUCGGACAACUGUCUGGACUAAUCUCAAGACACUUCACAGUAUCUUGAAAAGUACUGUGGUCAUUCUUGUUUGUUGUCACUUUGUGAUGGACUCUCCCAUAAACUGUUAGUACUUUUUUGGUAUGUUUUUUUUAACCUUACAUAAAAAAGAGUGUUAUGUCGCUACUCAACGUAUUCUUCUUUUGUCUGGAUGUAUCCAAUUUGAAGAAUAUGUUACACCUUGGUAAAAUGUACGCGUGUCCUUGCGAAAAUGAUAGAGGAAAUCAGGAGUUUUUAAGGAGUAGGUCAUUGCCUUUUUUUUUUUUUCUUUUCUAUUGAUCUCUACUCGCCUUUAGAUUUUCUUCCAUCACCGAGUUGAAAGAUUCAGCUCUUGGGUUGACCAAGAAAAGUUGUGCUUGAACCUUUGAACCUCCCCCUGAUUCUGCCGGAUGUUCCCUGAAAAAAAAAACCUGAAUCUUUCCGUGUUCUGAUGAACAAAUUUGAAAUCUCCCUGAUUACGGAAACUUUUGCCCCCUAUAUGUUAAAUUUAGUUCUAAAUAUUCCCAUGAUCGUUGUACAAAAUGCAAGAUGCAUGGUUAGCAGGUCUGAGAUUAUUGUACAGUUUCAGGUUUCAUUUUUAUACGAUCUUCUUUCUGGAGUCAUACAAGUAGCUAUAAGAUCACAAAUUGGAUUUAGAUUAUUACAUAUAUAUAAAGAACUUCUUAAUGUACUGAACAGGCAAACUUAGGUGAUCGUUAAGUCGUGGAUGAUUUGAAAUGACUGUUUUUCUGAAAUGCUUACCUUUUAUAUGUCCACAUUGUGGAGGAGGGAAAAAUAGUCUUAUGUUAAGAAAACUUUUUUCUCGUAGAAAUGAUGAAUUUUAAGUUGUUUUUUUUUUUGAAGAUAACCACAAGUGUCUUUUGAAGAUGGUACAUGAACGUUGUUGCUUCAGCACAAAACCCCAUUGCCUUCUUUAAAGGCCAGCUCGUAAGUUGAUUUCUCCAGGAGAAUUGUUGAAAGCUGAUGAUAACCAUCAUCUUCAUGGACUUUUGACUGAUGCCUCUGUGAAAUCUGUCGGUGAAAAUUGUGCGCCAAAUUUAUUUUUUGCUUUUAUACCAUCGGUCCAUAAGCUGUUCGCAAAAGCUAACUUUAUUUUCUAAAAUGUUUGAGUGGCGUGACCAUUGCGUGACCGACUACAAGCAAGCCUUUUUACCAUGGAUUUGACAACUUUCUUAGCUACUACACCAUUGUACACCACCAUAGUGUUCUCAAAUGAGUCCUCUGUCCAAAUGCCAGUGAAACCAUCCGGGGACCGGUUAAACAUCCGGGGACCAUUGUAUAUUCUCUUCAAGUCGGGCCAGUGAUGUGUUUUUAAUUGAUUUCUCUUCACCUGUAAAAUGACUAUUUCACCACUUUGUGACUAGACAAGCCACUGUUCCAGACAUUGUUAAACAAGUCUGACACAAAUUAAUAGCCUUUUUUGGGGGG